AUGAGAGCAUGACGGCUGUCCGGACCGCAUCCCGACAGCACUUCGUAAGCGUUCUUCACAAUUAGCCACCUCCGCAUCGUAUACCAAGCUGGAGACAUCGUGAAUCCGAAAUGAAGGGAUUACUUCCUUGACAGGAACGGCAGUCCGCCGCCGGCUAAUGGGGCUCACGUGGGCGUCAGCAUGGCCGUAUGGGGAAGAACCGUCCCCAGAUUGGUUAAGUUGGGGAAGGUGAGAGUAACCGAGGCAAGGCCUGAUAUUUUCCCCAGCUUUCAUGAGUUCUGCAGUUUGCCUCCUUGUCCAGGCAGAAUUACCGGCCUGAAGAGGCUUGCAUGGGCUGUCUAUCCCCAGCUGCUGCAGUUGCAAUUGCCGUAUGCAACCCCGUUUAUCCAGGUCGACCACGUGGUCUGCAUGUAUGUCCAUGACGUUUUCCAGUCUGCUAUUUCUCUCUCUCUCUCUCUCUCUCUCUCUCUCUCUCUCUCUCUGUGUGUGUGUGUGUGUGUGUGUGUGUGUGUGUGUGUAGACAGAGCUCGGAGUUUGGUUUCCUAAGCGCCGACUGGGAAGAAAUCCCGCAUACAUUGUGAGGAAGAGGUGUCGGGCAUUAAUCUGGGCUGCCAAGCGUGAUCGGACCUAGAAUGAAUGUAUGUACUAUGGAC